AUGCCUAAGGAAGUGAAGCAGCGCUCCGGCCUCAUCCUCGGCCUCAACCACGGCCACCAGGUCACCCCCAGGCAGCCUGCCACCAAGAUCUCGAGGAGGAAGGGAUUCUUGUCGAAGCGCACAGCUUUCGUUAGGGACAUCGCCCGUGAGGUCGCUGGUCUCGCACCCUACGAGAAGCGUGUCAUUGAAUUGCUCCGAAACUCCAAGGACAAGCGUGCCCGUCGUCUGGCGAAGAAGAGGCUCGGUACCUUCGGCCGUGCCAAGAGAAAGGUUGACGAGAUGACCAAGGUCAUCGCCGAGGCAAGGCGUGCCGGUCACUAAACGAGUGCGCAAUGAUUCCGAAUCGGAAGGGAGUGGAAAGACGGGGCGAAAUCCGGAACUCCUCUCUUUUUUUUCCUUCCACGUCUUCCUUGGGUGUUAGGUCUCUUCAUGGCGGAUUGAUAUGAUAUGACUUCCGAACCAUUCGUCACUCUCGAGGGAUUCAAAAAAAGAAAACGAGGGUGAACGAAAAACGUAUGUUAAC